AUGUCCAUACGGCGAGCUCCGCCUCUGAUAUUCCCGGCCGCCGCCAAGCACACGGCCACCGUCAUCUUCGUCCACGGCCUGGGCGACUCGGGCUACGGAUGGGCUAGCGCGGUCGAGAACUGGAGGCGUCGGCAGCGGCUAGACGAGGUCAAGUUUGUCCUGCCUCACGCCCCGCGCAUCCCUGUCACGGCGACCGACGGCAUGUCCCUACCCGCGUGGUAUGACAUUUUUGCGCUGAGCGGCAAGAUCGACGACCUCAGGAGGGACCAGGACCAGGCCGGCAUCUUGCAGAGCCGGCAGUAUCUGGGCGAGCUGAUACAAACCGAGAUCGACGGCGGCAUCCCCUCCGACCGCAUCGUCCUCGGCGGCUUCUCCCAGGGCGGUGCCAUGUCUCUCUUCUCCGGACUGACGGGCAAGGUGCGGCUCGCCGGCAUAGUCGCACUCUCGUGCUACCUACUGCUGGACGAUAAAUUCGCCGACUUCCUCAAGGAGAGCGACCUGAACCGCCAGACGCCCAUCUUGAUGUGCCACGGCGAUGCGGACCCGGUCGUCCCCUACGGUUUGGGCCAGAUGUCAUUUGAGAAGCUGAAAAAGGAGGGCUUCGACGUAACCAUGAAGACAUAUCCAGAGAUGCCGCAUUCGGCCUGCGUGGAGGAACUCGACGAGAUCGAGGCAUUUCUUAGAGCACGUCUACCGCCCACCGAAGACAAGAAAUCCGAGCUAUGA